CCAUUUGACUAAUAACUUCUCUCUCCAUCACAACCGUUGAAUUUUUCUCUACAUAAUCCAUUAAUCUAUGCGGAUCUCCUCUUCAUCCCCUCUGAUUAAACCAUGUCGCCGGCGACGGUGGCGAUUUUCAUAAACCCACCACCACUUUUUAACCUAUUUCAUAGCAUUCAUCGAAAACCCCUCUUUUCGAGUCCUGCUUUUCGUACUUUGAAACAAUCUGCAAUUGUUUAUCGGAAGUCUAUUAGUGUCAAAAAACCAAUGGCAGCGGAGUCGAUUGAGACUGGGAUCGGCGGUGAUGAACGUAUUAGUCCUGCGGUUUCUGCUUUUGAACAGGAAGUUUUGAUUGAUAAUGGUGGUGUUUCAUUUCAUCAAACAGCUGGUGGGCUACACACCAUUCUUAAUAGUUUGAGUAGAUGGAUUGUUGCUGCAACUUUUGGUGGGGUUCUUCUUUUGAGGCAUGAUGCUUUUGCAUUUUGGGCUGCAUUAGGGUCUGUUUUGAAUGCUAUACUAUCCAUCACUUUGAAACAGGUCUUGAAACAAGAACGACCAGUUCCUGAUGUGAGUUCAGGCCAUGGAAUGCCAUCUUCACAUGCCCAAUCCAUCUUUUUCGCUACCGUAUUAGUUAUAUUUUCGGUGGUCGAAUGGCAUGGAUUUAAUGGCGUUACAGCUUUCUUUAGCGUGCUUGUGAUAGCGCUUGGAUCAUACUUUUCAUGGCUACGGGUGUUACUAUGUUAUCAUACUACUAGCCAAGUGGUUGUGGGCGCAAUCGUGGGGUCCAUCUUUUCAGUGUUAUGGUUUUGGGCUUGGGAAGCGAUGGUUCAUAAGGCAUACAACUCGAAUUUGUGGGUUCGAGUCCUUGUUACUGUUGGAGCUACAUGUUUCUGUCUAGGGUUUAUCUCGCAUGUUUUUCAGCAUUGGAUAAAAUCCGAACAUUGAUGAUCUACAUUUUUCGAAAUAAUCCAAGGGUAGUAGUAGUAGUAGUAGUAAUGCAGUUAUCUUACUCCCAUCGAACUUUCAUUUUUUGAUAUAAUUGUAAUAUCGUGUUUAAAUAGGUUUUAUCUGAAUUGAUAUUCUGAUUGACGAAGUUAAGAUUUGAUUCCUUUUUUAA